GAUCUCGUAACGCUCUCCGGUAGAACCUCACUUUUGACUCACUUAUCUUUCACUUCCAACUUGAACACACCCGACUCUCCUUCACUGCUGGCCCGGUUCGAUGCCUUAUUGGUGGAUCCCCGGAUCGACCUAUUGUCCCUCCUUAGAACCUCAAGUGUAUUGUUCCUGUUUCGGAAGCACUUCUUCAUUCACGGAACCUGCGCCAAUCAUCCGAUGACUUCUGCCUGCUCGUAUUUUGAUGCUUCAAGUUUCCGAACCACCGUCUCCUCCUCUUUGCUUCCUCUCUCCUCUCUCUCUUUCAUUCCACUUUCUCGGUCGAUACCUGAUCUGUAAUAACCACCAUCAUGCCUCCAACAAAGUUUAUCGAUCUUACUGUCAUCGGCAAGACCGUUUAUACUGAGCGAGACGGCUUCCUCGUGCCGCUGGGUACUGAACGGACCAACAUGUCUUCGAAUGCGCCGAAGAGAAUUCGCCUGCUUCCGCACCGCAAUCGCCAACAUGUCCUGCGCAAAAUCCCUCAGCCUCGAAGCAUGGCGACUUCCUCGGUUCAGGUCCAACCUCAGACGUCAUCCACACAAAGCACAUCUCCUGCCAAACCAUUUCCCUUUCUCGACUUACCGGGAGAGCUCAAAAACAAGAUAUAUGAUCUUGUCAUCCCAACAACUCGAGUGGUCGUUACUGGCAGUCACCCUAAGAAAGACCUCGAGACGCUGAAAUGGAUGUUUCCCAACAAGGAGCACAAAACGCGAGUUCGCCUGUUGGGAGAGGUCACAGGAGACACGGAACGAGCCUCCAUGGCCCUUCUCUUGACUUGCCGACAAAUGAAUGAGGAAGUCGUGACUUUUAUCUAUUCCCGAACCACCUUCUGUUUCGACCGCAUGGUUGUCCUCAACAAAUUCCUGAACGUCAUUCCUGGUGCGGCAGCCAAGAGCAUUGGCAAGUUGGAGAUCACUCACGUCGGAUACGGCGAACCACAGUGGAUCCGAGACCGCGAAUGGAAACUGCGACAUGACGAGAAGUGGGCAAAGACCUUGAAGCGUAUCCAGCAGGAGAUGACAAGCCUUACGACUCUGGUCUUGGACUUGACCCUAUUCGACUGGCCGUGCCGCCUGGAGAUUGACGAGAGCUGGGCCAAACCUCUGCUUGAUCUUGCAGAAGACGGACUUGAACGUGUCAACGUGAAGCUGGUGCAUGACCGCUUCGAUCCCAACAUGGCCGCGGCAACUGCGAAGGAACUGGAGAACAAGAUGAUGUCGACCGACGGCAAGCAGAAGAAAUUGCGUGAGGCCGAGGCAAAGGCAGCAAUGGAGAAGAAACAAAGGGAGGCGGCUCGAACAAAGGCCCUCAGAUCGUUGAAGAUCCGAAUGCCACUGGGCGACAAGACCAUGGCGAAAAACGUUCUGGCCAAGAAGGUUGUCAAAACACAGGGUCUGGAGCAGUUCGCUAAGGCUGAGCCUGGUGUGGCAUAUUGUGGAUGACGAAGAUGGACUCACUUCGGGCGUGACACAGGCGAGCAGGAUAGACCACGAGGGCAUAGUCCUAGAGGACCUGAGCCUUGGAUGUGGCAAAGGUCUAGCAUGAUUAGGCCUGAAAGCAUACGAUACGUGCUACCGGCCAUGGCGCAAUGGUUACUCAACCGCACAAUAGCAUCAAGAGAGCUUCUGCACAAGCAGAAGAUCAUAUGACAAUGCAAGCACUUGUAACGUUGGCAUACUUUAAACUUCCUCGUAGCAAUACCGCAGUGGUUCAUGACACCGAAGAUAGAAAACUUGACCUGAAAAUGAUAGAGCCACCUGCAUGGCGGUGUUGUACAGGA